AUCCAUUUCUUCAUGCAGCUUGUUGUUGUCUUGGCCGUGCUUGCUGAACGUUCCCGCUCGUGCACAAUCGCCUCCAGUUUCUGGGCCCUGUAGGGGCUUACGCACAUUUCUUGCAGUGGAUGCACAUACAUUUAACUCUUUCAAGGCUUGUCCGAGGACAAGGACAGUAUUAGCGACAAGACGAUGCGGGAAGGCGAUUGCCCUAGCGCGGAUUGAGUCGCAGGCAAAGGAAAAUGUGGCGCUGGCAGCGCAUCGUGGUUGCUCUGCUUGGGGCGUACCUUGUACAGCGUAGCAGUGCAGCACCGACGUCACAAAGCACUGGGGGCGCCAAGGCGACGGGACUGAGCGCUGCCAGCGGGCCGCGCAUCACAGCCAACGACACGCACAUUAUCGUGUACGGCAGCGGAAACGACACCUUUGACCCUGCGGUGCUGCCCGGCGUGGAGGGGCUGUACGGCACCAUCCGGCACAUUGGUUUCCAUGGCGUGCAGCUGCCCGACACGCUGCCCUCCAACUGGAGCCGCUUCUCCGCACUGCGGUCGCUCGUGAUCGACUGCGCCGUCGCCAAGCCGGCGGGCGCGGGCGGCGGCGGCAGCGGCUCCGGGUCGCCGUCCGGCCGGCCGCCCCCGGGCCCGCGGCCUCAGCUGUACGGCAGCGAGGCGCAGCUGGGGUCGCUCAAGGCGUUCAUAGAGUUCAAGCAGGGCAGUGCGGUGUCGCGACUGUCGGUGCUGAACUGCGGCAUGCAGGGCGAGUUCGGCUCGGUGUGGCGGCGCUACAUGAGCGGCGUGCAGGUGGUGAACCUGACCGGCAACGCGCUCACCGGCAACUUCACGUCCAUAGACGACUUCGAGGAGGUCUGCACGCCCGACUUCGCGGGCGAUGACUACGCCGACCCGGACUGCACAUCCGCCAACCUGCACGUGCUGGACGUGUCCUCCAACGCCCUGGCCGGCCCCAUCAGCACGGGCGCGGCGCUGGGCGACGACAUCACGGACGCCGUGUGCUCCACCGGCUGCCUCACGCUGGUGCUGGUGCGCGGCGUGGCGCGGCCCGAGGUGCUGUGCAUGGCGCCGCUGCUUGUGCAUGCAGCGGACAACCCGGGCCUGCAGCUGCGGCCGGGGCUGCGCUACGCCAGCGGCUACGUGACGGGUGACCGCUCCAACUGGUGCUUCGAGCCCGCCAGCCGCUGGGUGCUGCCGGUGCUGUGGUCGCUGUUCCUCAGCCUGCUGGCGGGCGUGCUGGCCAUCACGCUGUACGCGCGCGUGCGGCUCAGGCGCGUGCCUUUCAGGAUACACAGCCCUUCGUUCGACGUGCUGGCGCGCAGCAACGGCACCCCGCUGGCGCCGCUGCCCACCAGCAGCAGCGCCAAGGCCGCCGCGGCGGCGGCCGCCUCAGGCGCCUACAUGGGCCUGCCGGGGGGCGGCGGCGGCGGCGCGGGGGGCUCCGCCUCCGCGGUGGAGAUGGAGCUGAUGGAGCGGCAGGCCAUGAUCCCCAAGACCGGGCCGGCCUCGGGCGCGUCGCCGGGCGGCGGCUCGCCCGCCGCGCUGCCGGUGUCGUCGUCGCCGCUGCCGCCGGGCGGGAUAGGCGUCAACGGCGCCAACGGCGACACCGCGGUUGUGACGGUGGCCACGGGCAUGGGCGGUCGGGCGGGGCAUAAGGCGGGCGGCGGCGGUGGAGGCGGCGGCGGCGGCGGCCUGCUGGGCCGGCUCAAGGCCGGGGGGAUCGCGGUGCGGCGCGACACCAGCGGCAUGCGCGCCGCGCUGACGGCGGGCAUGGCGGACAGUGCCGGCGCCGCUGGGGCUGGCGGCGGCGGCGGCGGCGGGGGCGGCGGUGAUGAGCUGUUCACCCUGGAGUCGGACGAGGAGGUGGAGGCGGGCCGCGGCAUGGGCCUGGAGCUGGCGGAAGCUGGCGCGGCGGGGCCCGGCAGCAGCCCCGGCGGCAUGGGCGGCCUCACGCUGGGCGAGCGCGCGGCGGCGGCGGCGGCGGGGCGGCGCGUGACGGGCGGCGGGCUGGAGGGGGGCGGCGAGCUGGGCGGCGGCGUGGUGGCUGUGCCCAGCGGCGGCCGCACCUGGGGCGGCUGGUGGCGGGGGGUGGGCGCCUGGGCGCUGGACGUGCUGGGCAUGCAGCUGCGCACGCUGCUGGUGCUGGGCAUGUUCGGGCUGGAGUGCUACUGGGCGUACGGCCUCAUCCUGUACCGCGGCGGCUGGCAGCUGCUGGUGCUGAUCCCCAACUACCUGGAGCACACGCUGGCCGGCAUCGCCAUGCUGCGCGCCUUCAUGGCCGGCACGCACGGCCGCUGGAAGUGGGUGGCGCCGGUGCCGCUGCUGCCCUUCGGCAUGGCCAGCGCCUACCUCAUCUACGGCUUCUUCGCCUACCCCUUUGGCCUGGCCAACAUCGGCCCGCUGUCCUGGGACAAGUUCAUCGACCUGAUGGACUCGUGCGGCGUGCUGAGCAGCACGUGCUGGGCCAUCUUCUCCAGCCUGGCCUACUGGCAGGGCAACUCCGUGUCCACCUCCUACCAGUACUUCAACACGGACAUCUUCCUGGGCAUGAUGCUGCUGUGCUUCGUGGACCUGCUGUCCACCGCCCACCACCUGGCCGCCACGCUGCAGGUGCCGUUCAAGCAGUGGCUGCGCAAGGAGCUGGACGUGCGUCGCAUCCGCCACGAGCCAGACAAGAGCCACCGGCUGGCGCUGGGGGACGGCGACCUAUGAUCGCAGCAGCUGUGUGCAGCUGUGUGAUGUGUGGGUUAUAUGAGGACUGAGCGAGUGGCGGUGUGUGCCGGGUGAGAGGGCGCUCAAGCAAUGUGCAUGGCUUUGGGAGGGUGUGCGCCUGACACCAAGACUGAUGUUAUUGCGCCACUGCAGAGUGCUAUGGGAUAGGUAAAGGGUGGCAUUUGAGAGGUCAUGUUGUGGCGGACAAGGGGUCACGAGCUUCAGUUUGAGAGUAGGACAUGAACGUUGACUUCGGAGUGAGGCCAGUGCCAAGUGAGUUUGUCUGGUUCAGUGUCUGUGCUGCAUGAGUGACACAGAGCAGUGCGUUCAGGCUUCGACGCUAUAAUUCAAUGCAAGAACUGACGGGGCAAGGCACAGCAGAAUCGCGAUGGGGGAUUACCUGGUUGAAGAAGACCUCCCUUACCCACCAUCGUGCGGCGUUGCGGCCCAGACUACGAAGGCCCGGGGGUGCGUCCUGACAGUUGCUCGUGUAGCAAUAUCCGCGGUGAGCUGAACGCGUAGCGAAUAUCUCUUUCGCCUUUUACUAAAGAGAUCCGCGAGUUUUGCUCAACAAGCCGCUUACCGUUGUUUUUGCGGGGCUUUUGCCCUUCCCAAUCAAGUUGUGUCAUAAGUUGUCUCCCGCUACUUCUGUCUGCGCAUGUUCGCUGUUUGGGUUAGCAGCCCAUUAUGGCUCAUUAUUCCAGCCCUUCCGUAUGGGUGGCGUUCGGGUGGACGUUGUAACAUCAUGGAAAC